AAUGCGCACGUACUCAUCAUCCUCCCCGUGCUCUUCAGCCCAUGCGCUCAUUGCCUGCAGAUGCGGAUAAUCGCACACAAGCAGCGAACGUCGUACCGCGUCCGACGCGAUGCCACACAUGAAAAUACCCAUGGCGAUCUCCUGGUGCACCUGCUUGGAGCACGUGGCAUCCUGCACGCGCUUCAGCACCCGAUUAGCGAAAUCCUCCAAUGUCUCCGUGGGCGCUUGCUUCAUAUUAAGCGUAUCCUGCCACCAGGGGCCGCAGAAUGCGAAGGCUUUAUGCAUAUUAUUGAUCAUAUGAAAUCGCGGAUUCAUUCGCACUAUUCCGCGACUCUGUGCAGCAUAAAAUUGCAAACACACCUUUCGAAGCACGCUGUGACGGAUGCACGGCUCCCCGCUGAUGGAACCUGUAUGUUGUCCGUAGCAACGUGGAAUGAUCACCGGCAGCCGGCAGGCAUAGCGCGGUGAUUACCGUACACUGAAGCACGAUUAAUACGGAAAGAUCAUACGGAAAGAUCAGAUCUGGAGAGUUGCAUACUGGCGCGUUCGAUUGAGUAAUAACACUGCGAUUAGCAAUAUGGUGAGCACCAGACCAUGUCAGAUCUACAUCCAGGCCAUGUUGCCGCGACACUAACACUCUUUUCGGGGAAUUUGAAAAAAUUCGUUAAACGUGAUUCUCGUUCCAAAGGAAAGUGGGUGUCAAUUACGUGGAAAUUAGAUUCUGAUGGAUUAGUCGAGGAGGUCCCAGCCGUUUGUUUCUCCAGUUUUUCUCGCCGCUGCAAAAGUGUUUUCUGCGCGCGUCCAACGACCAAAUCGGUUCUUGAUCUUGAACACUUUUAUCUGGAGAAACCGAGCAAGCGCGCAGCUCCCUUUACGGCCCGUGAUCUGCGUUUGGGUAUCACGUUGAAGCGUAAGGAGAACGAGGAUGACAGUCUGCACUACCUGGCUCCGACGAAAGAGCGCCGCGAUGACCUUUUGGAUCAGCUCUCUGUCUUCUGCGUUAAAGUGCCGAAGAAGAGUAAGAUGUCGCUUGACUCGCAUCAGGAGACGGUGGAGAUUGGCAAGGGCGGUUUCGGCGUCGUUUAUCGAUGGAAACAACCGGAUAGUGGUAUCGUUACCGCCCUUAAGGUCCAAGAUGCGCCGGGCGAGGAUCUGGAAUGGGAGGCCACCGUGCUGCAGGCACUGCAGACGGUGGAAGGCUUUCCCAAACUACACCAGUGUAGUACAGGCGAAUUGGGCUGGCUGGCCAAUAAGCGGUACAUGGUGACCGAGUAUAUCGGACCCGAUUUGGAAACCUUAGUGGAAGCCAACGGGCCCGUGGAUAAGGUCACCCUCAGCCGAAUUGCGGCUAAGCUACUGGACAGUCUGGCGGCCAUGCAUGAUCUCGGCUACAUACAUCAUGAUCUCAAGCCUGCAAACAUUUGUGUGCGAGAAGAAAGCAGCGAACCUGUGAUAAUCGAUCUCGGCCUCAGCAUCAGAUUCAACAAAGACUGGAACUUCAUUAAGCAGCGCGACUCCUUCGACGGCACCUUCAUGUACACUUCCAUCCGCAACCACCUCCGCCAACCGCAGAGCUCUCGCGACGACGUGGAAUCCCUGCUCUACACACUGAUGACCAUUUCCGCCGACAGCAUCCCUUGGUACGAACCACGGCCCCGCGAUAGCGAUAAGCCGGCCAUUGAGCGCCGGGAACGCCGCAUUCGGGAUAAGAAGAUUCGCCUGCCUUUCCACGACGCCACACCCCGCUGCCUCUCCUACGCUCUGGUUACCGCGUUUGAGACGACGUAUAAUGAGAAACCAUUGAUCGAAAACAUCAAGGAUGCGUUAGCCAGUGAGUGGAAUCCGGUGGUGCCGUUUCGCUAUCAUCCCGGUCAGCCGAAACUCCAGUGGUCAAUUGAGGCCAUCGAUCGGAAUCGCCGGACGAUGAAUCCGAUAAGAGAAGCGGUGGAGAUGCUGCGGAAGACGAAGCGGCAUAGCGACGCGUUGAAAGGAUAUUCCGAAGAGGAACUAGAGAAUCUCUGUGUUUCACAGGAACCGAACAAAGAUCUUCAGAAGGAUCUGGCGGAAGCAUCACACAGCCGGCAUAAGCUGGCAAAGGUCAUGCUAACCGUACUAUGGAUGCAGCAGCAUUUCCUUCAGCGGAAGAUCGGUAAGAAGUUAAAGCGGAUCCCUUCGAUAUUGUCGUCGCAUGCGUCGACUACCACCGAAUCGGGGCCGGAACAUCGCAGUGUGGAUGAAGCCGGCGAUCACGAAUCGGAGCAAAAGAAACCCGAUAUCUCCACCACAUCUGUAGCCAUUGAAACUGAGCAGACGAAAGUGGCAUUUUUGAGGUGUUUGUUAUCUGCUAUCCAACUACCACCCCACCCGCCGUUUCCCCAGUUCGGCGAAGAAGUCUGCAAAUCUGCCAGUUUCAGUUUAUUGGCUGAGCACCAGCAAAUGAAGACCCAGCUACGCGCUGUUGUAUUGGAUUUGUGGCAGACCAUCGAAGCGUACAUUUCAGUGAUAGCCGGGAUCUGUCACGAGAAAUCCCGACAUGUGGCCCCGGAGUUCCUCCGCCAUCUCCAGGACCUAUCCCAGUUUGUACUGAAUGUCAGCGCCCCGCAAAAGGUUUUCAAAAAGAUUGAAUACGUCAAGAAGUUGUUGGCCGGGAAGCAGAAGGAGCUGGAUACAGCCAAACAGCGUCUGUACUGGGAUUGUGACGGGAAUCGCUUCUGUGAUCCGGAAGCGCGCCGUGGACCGGAAGGGCUCCUUCUAAGCAAGGUCAUGAUCUAUUUCGCCGAUCUGAUGCGGAUCUGCGAGGAUUUCGUCCUAUCGAUAUCCAGUGAGGAAUAUCUGCUGGUUGUGGAAAAGGUCAUGGCGUUCUUUGAUGGCAUUUGCCCAUACACGCCGUUAGCCAUCAGUGCUAAAGCGGAUAAUGUUUCCAAGAAGCCAGACGCAUUGUCGACCCUGACUAAAGAUUUACUGGAUGGAAUGGAAGAGUCGUACGCAAAAGUCUUCGGACUGCGGAUGCCGCGAGUCUUCCUGCGGAUAUACAAACGGUAUAUGAAAGAUUUGACCAGCUCGCGGUCGGCGUCCGUGUCGCAUAUGGAUGAGAUUUACGCCACGCUGAUGAAGAUGAAUCGGUUGUUGUUUGAGCUGCGGAAGUUUGAAUUGGUUAUGGAACAGAUACGCGGUCAGACGGUGAAGGGGGAGAAGAAGACAGCGCUGCAGAAAGCCGUGGCGGAUUAUUUUUACUGGCCGUGUUAUCGCUAUGUAAUUAUGGAGAUUGGGUUGUUUUUCUAUAAGAUGGACUGUGAUCAUUUGCAGCAGGUGCUCAUUCCCACACUGGGCACGGUUGUUUGAUUUUUUUAUGGAUUAACUAGUUAGUUCUCUAUUUUUGUAGUGCAGGCGUGGUUAAGUAUCGUAAUUAUUAAGUACAGAAUUGUGUGA